AUGGAUAUCGCCCUCGAAAUCUGGGACACCUUCAUUGGUGAUCGCCUCUACGCCUCUCUUCUCCCUCUAUCUCUCGCCUCAUCCGCCUCGCUCCCUGGCUUCACUACCGUCACCAACAGCACCCUGUCGUUCUUUGGCGCAACCCAGCCCUUUGUCUACGAACCGGCUACUCAAUUGAUUUACUUGGAGCCUUCCAAGUUUGCCUACUUGAGCGCCUGGCCAAGGAACAAUAUUUAUCGUCAGUUCCUUUCUUUCUUCUUGAUCGUCUGGAUUUUCGGUAUCAUCGUCUACUUCAUUUCCGCAAGCCUUUCCUACAUCUUCAUCUGGGAUAAGACCACCGUUCACCACCCUAAGUACCUCAAGAACCAAAUUCCUAUGGAAAUCGCCCAGACUAUGCGCUCGAUGCCGGUUAUGUCCUUGUUGACUGCCCCUUUUCUGGUUGCCGAAGUCCGUGGCUACGCCAAGCUCUAUGAUACCUUCUCCGAAGAGCCAUUCCCCUACUACAGUAUCUUGCAAUUCCCACUCUUCAUCAUGUUCACCGACCUCUGCAUCUACUGGAUUCACCGCGGCCUGCACCACCCGCUUAUUUAUAAGACCUUGCACAAGCCUCACCACAAGUGGAUUAUGCCUAGUCCCUUCGCCUCCCACGCCUUUCACCCGCUUGACGGCUGGUCGCAGAGUGUCCCCUACCACGUAUUCCCGUUCAUCUUCCCACUUCAGAAGCUGGCCUACGUCUUCCUCUUCGGGUUCAUCAACCUCUGGACCGUGCUGAUUCACGACGGCGAGUACGUUGCCAACAGCCCAGUGAUCAACGGAGCGGCCUGCCACACCAUGCACCACCUGUACUUCAACUACAAUUAUGGCCAGUUCACAACCCUCUGGGAUCGUCUGGGCGGUAGCUAUCGCAAGCCCAACGAGGAGCUCUUCCGCCGCGACACAAAGAAUGGCGAGGAGGAGUGGAAGCGACAGACCAAGGAGAUGGAAACCAUUCUCAAGGAUGUCGAAGGCGACGAUGACCGGGCAUACCUGGCUGAUUCUCAGACCAAGAAGAACCUGUGA